CGCAACGCUGUAGCUGCGCCGCUGGCUGGAUUCUGUUUGAGUCUUGCUACGAUAUAGAUCUUCUUUUACGCUUUUUGACGACUGCGGACUACAAACAGCUCACGUAAUGCUGUCUGUGAUGAGAAAAGCUGCAUUCCUUAUUGCAGCCGCUACAGGGCUAACGCCACCGAGUAACGAGCUCGUGGCUGGCACAUCAUUGGCGGGCAAGAACCUCGAGUGCGCCUACCUCGCGAGCCGAGACGGCUGGGGCGCGUCGGACUUUCAUCGAUGCGUCGACGACUGCGGGAGCACGCUGGUCGUCUGCGAGACGCAGCGCGGCCUCACGUUCGGCGGGUUCAAUCCCUUGGGCUAUCGGUCAACGGACGACUACGGUGCGACGGCGAACGCCUUCAUAUUCUACGAAGACGCCGAUGGCGUGGCCAAGAAAUCCCGCGUUCUUGGCUCAGGCGACGGGUGCAUCUACGACCUCGCCAAGGGCGGCCCGCAGUUCGGCGCGUCCGACUUGAUCGUCGGCAGGCCAAAGGCGGCGACCAUGGGAGGCUUCACGGGCCCUGACACGGAGGACACGAUCUCGGCCCAGGGCGAUCUACGGACGGCAACAUCAUCACCUGGCUCUUCGUACGAGCGCGACCCGUCGUGGCCGGCGUCCGCGAUAGCCAGUGGCAAGCUCCGCAAGCGUCCUGCUGGGUCAACGCGGACCUCGCGCGGUCCACGGCGCCGGCCGAUUUCUCGCUGCCGAAGCCGCCGAGUUGGUGGCCGUUUUGAGAUUUCGGGUAAAAUGUAACUGUGGACAC